UCGGUUGUUGUGUGAUUCAAAUUUAAAAUUACAAUUGUUAUAAAAUACGUGAAGGAAUGAGAGGAACAAAACAACAAAAUGAGUACAAAGAACGGCUUAUUGCUGCCGUUAAAAAAGAAGUUAAACAAGUAAUGGAAGAAGCUGUUACUAGAAAAUUCAUACAUGAAGAAUCUGGUAGCGUUCUAUCAUUAUGUGCAGCUGUUGAAGCUUGUCUUAGUCAAGGCUUAAGACGACGUGCACUUGGUUUAUUUAAAACAUCAUCAACCACUGCUUUACUUCACAAAGUUGCAAAGCAUUGCCCAGAAGCGGCAUCAAUCAGUAAAAAAGUACAAGAAAUAGAAAAUAGUGAUCCAAAUCGUCGUUCUUCGUCGAGUGGUGAAAGUACAAAUAAACCACCACCAUUAACCAAUCAAAAACGUUUAGCGAAUGCAACACCUCGAUAUUUAUGGAUCCGUUUAGCUUUAUUCGAUAAACAAUUAGCACGUAUUAUUGAUCAUUUAGCAACACAUGCGUCUCGAUAUUAUGAUCGUGAUGCGCUAGUUGCUGACCCAGAUUACGGAUCAAUAUUAAGUUCCUUAUUGGUUGGCCCUUGUGCACUGGAAUAUUCUAGAACAAAAACACCCGAUCAUUUUUGGACUGAUCCACCAGCGGAUGAAUUAGUUCAACGGCAUCGAAUAUCAUCGGGUCAUACAACCCCACCAUCUGUACAUAGACCAAUUUUAAAUUUUGGUAGAUCGUUAAAUACCAGUUCAGAAGAUUCAAUGGCGAAUCGUGGCAGUACGAAUCACGUUGCUAAAGAUUAUGUGGAAUCUUUACAUCAAAAUUCUAGGGCUACGCUACUGUAUGGUAAAAAUAAUGUAAUGGUUUUACCGAAAGAGUUAAAUGAACCUAUAGCUGGAUAUUUGAGUUUACAUCAAACUGCACAGUUGUUGACAAUAAAAUGGACGCCAAAUCAAUUGAUGAAUGGCUUUUCAGAGUCUGAAAUUCAAGAUAAAAGUGCUUAUUGGCAAUAUGCGUUAAAUGUACGCGUCGACGAAAUUGUAUACGUUCACUGUCAUCAAUCCGGUGAUUCUGGUGGAACAGUAAUUCUCGUUGGACAGGAUGGUGUACAACGUUCUCCCAUACAUUUUCCAAAAGGUGGUCAUCUAAUAGCGUUUCUAUCAUGCUUAGAAACGGGUUUACUACCGCAAGGACGUUUAGAACCACCUUUAUGGUCACAACAUGGUAAAGUUUUACCAACAGCACGAACCCGACGACCUAGAGUACCUCAACCAGAUGAAUCAAUUGAUUAUGUAUUUCGUGUGGUUAGUCGGGCAAAUCAACAUGAAAUUCGGAAAUGUGUUGAACAGUUAGAUACAAUCCGAUCUCGAUCUAACAGUCCACGCGCUCCAUUAGCAAGUUCCUCAACUAGUAGCGAUAGUUCCAGCUUAGACACUCAUACAACCCUCAAUAUCAAUAAUAUCGAGCCCCAAUCAGGGGUUUGUAUCCAAAUGGUUUGUACAACAAUGCGACGACAAAUUAUUUCCCGAGCCUUUUAUGGAUGGCUUGCAUAUUGUCGCCACUUACGUACAGUUCGUACACAUUUAUCAGGACUAGUAAAAUUAAAUAUUAUACCAAGUAUUGGAGCGGAAUGUGGGUUAACCAAAGCACGAUGGGAGAAUUUAAAUAAAGAUGGAAUUGUAACCGAUUGUGAUGAAAUAUAUCGAUUAGCAUAUUUUGGGGGUGUUGAACAUGAAAUUCGUAAAGAAGUCUGGCCAUAUUUAUUAGGACAUUAUAAAUUUGGUAGUUCAACAAAUGAACGUACCGAAUUAGCCGAGCAAACGAAACAAAGUUAUGAGACAACGAUGUCUGAAUGGUUAGCGGUUGAAGCAAUUGUACGACAACGUGAUAAGGAAACUACAGCCGUAGCAAUUGCUAAGUUAAGUUCGGAAAGUACAAGUGGGGAUACUGUACCGCCGGUACAAAUUAAUCGUGAUUUAAGUAAUGAUGUAUUUGUAAGUUUAUCUUCGGAUGAUGAUGAUGAAAAUGAGGAGGAAAAUGAAGAUGAAGACGAUGAUGACGAAAAUCUUCAGGAUGCUAUUGAGGGUGAUGAAGAAUCAAUCGAAGAUCGUGAUAAACCUGAAAAACAUAGUGUGAUUGUAACAAAUCCAUCGGUUGAUAUGAAUAACGCAACAAUGAUUGAAUUGAGUGAACAAAUUGGAUGUAAUUUGUCGACGUUACAUGAAGAAAAUGGUGAAAGAUUGGAUACCACGAAUUCGAAUUGUGUUUCACCUGCUAGUUCGAAUGGUGGAAUUUACAGUACGGAGCUUUUGGAAACGUUUGGAUUAAAUUUACAUAGAAUUGAUAAAGAUGUACAACGCUGUGAUAGAAAUUACUGGUAUUUCAGCGGUGAUAAUUUAGAAAAAUUACGAAAUGUUAUGUGCACGUUUGUUUGGGAACAUUUAGACGUUGGCUACAUGCAAGGAAUGUGUGAUCUAGUUGCCCCAUUAUUGGUCAUCCUAGAUGAUGAAAGCUUAGCAUAUGCAUGUUUUUGUCAUUUAAUGGAACGUAUGAUUGAUAAUUUCCCAAAUGGUGGUGCAAUGGACACACAUUUAGCUAAUAUGCGUUCACUAAUACAAAUAUUAGAUGCUGAAAUGUAUGAGCUAAUGCAUGCGUACGGUGAUUACACACAUUUAUAUUUCUGUUAUCGAUGGUUUCUAUUGGAUUUUAAACGUGAAUUAUUGUAUGCGGAUGUUUAUGCGGUUUGGGAAGUUAUAUGGGCAGCGAAAUUUGUUGCAUCACCACAUUUUGUAUUAUUCUUGGGUUUAGCGUUGUUAGAAACGUAUCGUGAUAUUAUUUUGUCAAAUAGUAUGGAUUUUACGGAUAUUAUUAAAUUUUUUAAUGAAAUGGCGGAACAUCAUGAUGCCCAAGCUGUACUUCAAUUAGCUCGAGAUUUAGUAUUACAAUUACAAACAUUAAUGGAAAAUAAAUAAAUAUGAGCCUCUCUAGAGUCACCUAGGAGAUACCUGAUUAAUUCAUAUUUUAAUAAUUUUAUCGAAAUGAACAAAUUCU